AUGGAGCAACAACUGGAGCUGACCCAACCUUAUACAGAAAAGGAUGUAAAACAAGCUAUGUUCAAUAUAGACAGUAACAAAACCUCAGGUCCUGAUGGCUAUGGCAGUGGUUUCUUCAAGGCAGCAUGGAGUGCAAUUGGGCAGGAGGUAACUAAUGCAGUGCUGCAGUUCUUUGAAAAUGGAAAACUGUUACAGCAAGUUAACUCUACUAUAAUUUCCUUAAUCCCUAAAGUAUCAAAUUUACAGAAUGCAAGCCAGUUUAGACUUAUUUCUUGUUGUAAUGUCCUAUAUAAAUACAUCUCUAAGAUGAUAUAUGUGAGACUUAAAAAGGCAAUCACACAUGUAGUGGCAGAUAACCAUGCAGCCUUUGUUGAAGGCAGAUCUUUAACUCAUAAUGUGCUAAUCUGCCAUGACUUGUUGAGACACUAUAAUAGAAAAACAUCUCUUAGGUGUCUUGUGAAGAUUGAUUUAAGAAAAGCCUAUGAUAUAGUGAGCUGGACUUCGUUGAAGAGGCUCUUAAAGGGCUGGGAUUUCCUGGAACUUUUGUGCAGAUAG